GCCUGGGUGGUGGAGUUCUACUGGUCGUGGGGCGGCCCCUGUGUCAACUAUGGGGCCACCUGGAAGGUACUGGGCCCGGGAGGUGAAAGAGCACAGUAGCGCCUCGACAUACAAACAAACCCGUUCAUGUACAAAUCGGUUUACGAACAGGAGCGUACGUAAAAUUUUGCUUCAACGUACGUACGAAAUUGAAGGUACGAACACAAAAGCUCUCGGGCCCCGCGUGAUCUCAUUCAGUUCGUCUUUGGCGUGUGCGCUGUGAACAGCUGUCCAACCAUUCUUACGCUAUCCGAACAAUGGGAAAAGUUGAUUCAGUUCGCGAACUUUUCGGAUUAAGUUCAUAAGUCGAGGCGCUACUGUAUUUGAAAAUCUGAAGGCAGAAGUUUCAACAUCAACAGAUGAAGGGCUUAAGCCCGAAACGUUGACUCUCCUACUUCUCGGAUGCAGCCUCACCUGCUGUGCUUUUCCAGCGCCACACUUUUCAAUACUGACUCUCCAGUGUCUGCAGUCCUCACUUUGACGUCAAUGUCUGACAGUCACUCAAUCCAUCGGGACCGCAACGGUUUUCAUCUAUGAUUCUGUGAGAAGGAGCAAAGCUUUUUGGUUCCUGUCUAAGUACGUUUUCAGCAUCAGCGGGACUGGAUGAGAGAGCCUACCAUUGCAGUGCACUGAGUGUGGAGCCUAAAAUAACUAUACGGCCUGGAAAGAGGAAUUCACAGCAGGGAGUGGCUCCACACUUCGGCCAUGGAGAAACGCGAGGAAUCCCACCUCUUGGAGAAACCAUGGAAGUGUGGUGACUGCGGGAAAGGCUUCCGUUUUCCAUCUUCCCUGGAGAUUCAUCGGCGUAGUCACACCGGGCAGAGGCCAUUCACGUGCCCAGUCUGUGGGGAGGCCUUCAGAUAUUCCUCCACCCUGCUGACCCACCAGCAGAUCCACACGGGGGAGACGCCCUACAGCUGCCCCGAGUGCGGGAAGGCCUUUCCCCAGGUCUCUGGACUGCAAAACCACCAGUGGGUCCACACAGGGGAGAGGCCCUUCAGAUGCCCCGAGUGCAGGAAGACCUUCAGCAAUUCCUCCUCUCUGCUGAGGCACCAGCGGGUCCACACGGGGGAGAGGCCCUUCAGCUGCCCUAAGUGCGGAAAAGCCUUCAGGGAUUCCUCCUCUCUGCUGAGGCACCAGCGGGCCCACACUGGGGAGAGGCCCUUCAGCUGCCUCGAGUGCAGGAAGGCCUUUAUCCAGGUCUCUGGACUGCUAAACCACCAGUGUGUCCACACGGGGGAGAGGCCGUUCAGCUGCCCCGAGUGCAGGAAGGCCUUCAGCAAUUCCUCUGCUCUGCUGAGGCACCAGCGGAUCCACACGGGGGAGAGGCCGUUCAGCUGCCCCGAGUGCAGGAAGGCCUUCAGCAAUUCCUCUGCUCUGCUGAGGCACCAGCGGAUCCACACUGGGGAGAGGCCCUUCAGCUGCCCCGAGUGCAGGAAGGCCUUCAGCAAUUCCCCCAACCUGCUGAGGCACCAGCGGGUCCACACAGGAGAGAGGCCCUUCAGCUGCCCCGAGUGCAGGAAGGCCUUCAGCAAUUCCUCCGCCCUGCUGACUCACCGGAGGGUCCACACGGGGGAGAGGCCCUUCAGCUGCCCCGAGUGCGGGAAGGCUUUUACCUGCUCCUCCCACCUGCUGAGGCACCAGCGGGUCCACACGGGGGAGAGGCCCUUCAGCUGCCCCGAGUGCGGGAAGGCCUUCAGCAAUUCCUCCGACAGGCUGACCCACCAGCGGGUCCACACUGGCGAGAGGCCAUUCCCCUGCCCCAAGUGUGGGAAGGCCUUCACCCGCUCCUCCCACCUCCGGAGGCACCAGCGAGUUCACAUACCAUCGCAGGGGGAUUGAAGGAGUGAAGGCUGAAAGUCCAGUAAAUAAUGACUAUCAGCCCAGCUCCCGGGACUCCCGGGUUUGAAUCCCGCUGCAGCAGAUGGCGCUAUACAGGGUAUGGGUUGAAAUUGCUGAGUGAGGCAAUGCUUCCUCCAGGUUACGGCUCUACCAAGGAUCCAAUUAGAAAGGGACAUCUCGGUGCUGACCAAUAGUGAAGACAGUGAGGUUGGGUGGGUGUAUAAGCGUGAGUGAGUGUGCUUUGAUCUUGAGCUGUUUAAAAAGCAGCUACUUUUUCUCUGCCUUUUUGCUGAAGGGGAUUUGAAGCUUUAACAAGGGGGUCACAAUAAAGGUGAAGUGAACUUAA